AGGAGAGGAGCGCUGCUGCUCCUACAGAGAAGAUGAAGGUCCACACACACUGAAACACAGGAGGAUCAUCCGGACCGGGAUCAGAUGGAUCAGAUGGAUCAGAUGGAUCAGAGGAGCUGCAGCAGCCCUCAGCGGUCCACCAUAGCCAGGGAGGGGAUGGUGAAGUCUGCGUCAGCUUACGCAGACCUGCAGCAGCACCGGUCCGAUGGCCUCUACACGAAACCGUCCCCGGUGUCCGGCUAUGUCCCCCAGCCCGACUACCUGGAGGGAGACGAGGACAACGACCUCAUCAAACCCAAGAAACUGGUGAAUCCUGUCAAAGCAUCAAAGAGUCACCAGGAGCUUCACCGAGAGCUGAUGAGCAGCUGCAAACGGGGUGGAGUCAGUGUGGAGAUGAAGCCGGAGCUGCAGAGAGUUCUGGAGUCGAGGAAAAGAGAUCAGCUGAUCAAACAGAGGAAACAGGAAGAGGAAGCCCGCAGGAAGGUCUCACCUCUGGAGGCCGAGCUGAUAAAGAGACACCAGAGAUUGGAUGAGUGGGACAGGCAGCAGGAGAAGUUGCAGGAGGAAAACCUCAAAGCUCCAGAGUUUGUCAAAGUGAAGGAAAAUCUGAGACGGACAUCAUUUCACAGUAAAGAUGAGAAGGAGGUGUAGAGAUACCGCUGCCAUCCUCCAGGAGUGAGACACAGACUGUCCACAUGUUUACAGGACAAUCUGAGGACACAAAUAUACAGAGGACAGUAUGGGGGCACAAACAUACUGAGGACACUUUUUCUUAUAAUGAGAUGCUAAUAUCGUAUCUUGUAUAAUUAGAGAUUUUUUCUUGUCAUUAAGAGAUACUAACUCUAUAAGACUACGAAAAUGUUCUCAUGAUUACGAAAUGUUGAUUUUUGCGUACAAAACAUAGAAGUAAUAGUAGGGAGAAAUAAUAAUAAUAAAUAUCUGAAAGUAGAUUUUAUUCUGUAAUUACCAAACACUAACGAUGUAUAAUGAUGCAGGCUGAUCUCGUAAACUGUUCCCACAUUUUUCUACGAAAAGUAAUCCACCCAAAUUCGUACAUAUCUGGCAUAUUUUGAAAGGCUGUGAUUACGUGAUCAAUGCGCCCACAGGAGUAAAGAAGGAGGCGUUCCUGAGUGGUCUGUAAGCAGUGUUGGGGAAGUUACUUUUAAAAAGUAGUGUUUGCUCGUUAUUCGUUUCUUCUUAAAAAAAAGUAAUCCCUUACUUUAUUUAGUUACCCUCUCUGAAAAGUAACUUUUUCCGUUACUUGUUACUUUUACGUUACUUUUAUGGUGCUUGACUUUGGGUAGAACCCCAUCUCAUUUCCUAAAUGUGAAAAAAUCCGAGUUUCCCGCUGGUAUUUACCACUUUGGUGAUAAAAUAAAGAUAAAAGAGUGAGAGUUAAUUUGUGUUAACUAGGCUACAUGAAUUUGUUACAUGACAGAUUACUACUACUAAUAGCCUAUUUGCCAGACCUGCUGCAUCACUGAAUGAGGAAAAUAUUAAUAUUCACAGACACUAUCUUUGAACAAAUAGUGUCAUAUUCAUGAAUAAAUCAUUUUCUGUUCUGUUAUUACGUGUGUAACUGUGAGACUGUGUCUGUGUAACAGACUCAUACUUUGCAGUAAGCUAACGUUACAGACCUGCACGAAUAAAUUAAUUCUCUUCUGGUAUGGUAUGGUAGGUACUUUAUUAACCCCUCAGGGGGAAAUUUCAACGUCACAGCAGCAAUUUAAAAUACACAAAAUAGGAGCUGCUGCAACAGGCUGCCGUUCACACAGCGCCAGGAAGGUAGGCAGGUUAUGAUUGUUCUGUUUUCUGUUCACACAAUGCUGCCCAGGUCGUCUUGUUCAGAAUCGCCCAGGUCUUGUACAUUAGUUAACGUUACUGUUUUGUGUCCUUGUCGCUGGCUCGGCAGUACUUCGGUCCGUAGAGCACAAAAACCAUCAGAUAAAUCCCGGUAUUCAAUAUCUUGGACGUGACCGCAAAGUACAAAAUUAUACACAUCAAGGGAUUUAUAUGCCUUGAGUUUUUCAUGCAUAUAAACGCCGGGUUUCUCCACAAGAUAUAAAAAAAUGUCCAGCCACUGUAGCUUAGGCCAUUUUGUUGGGUCGGUGACCCACUGACCUGACAUUAAGUACGGGUCAGGAAACCUCACUCUGUUGCUAAUUGUUAGCUUAUUACAAUAAGCUAACCUGUCUUCGGUUGGCAAACCGUUAAAAAAUCCGAGGAGGCGUGUGUAUCUUCCAUAUUCCUCAUAUGAUUCUUGAUUUUGGCGCUCCUGUCUGUACUGUUGACAUGGCAACUGUCACAGUUCCUGCCUAGUGCGCAGCUGAGGCAGACAGGCAGUGUCACCGUCAAAUCUGUCCCCGGGAAAAGUAACGUUGUGCCCAACUGACAAAGUAACUACGUUCCGUUACCAUAUUUUCAGUAGUAACGCGUUACACUACAUUUUACCCAAUAAAAGCAGUUACGUUACUGUGACGCGUUACACACAACACUGUCUGUAAGUGGGUGGGUCACGAAGGUGGAGUUUCCCCUGGAACCAUGUUCUUUGUAUUCUUCGUGCUCUCUGAGUGAAUUUUGAUUCAUUUCAAGAUUUGUCCUCACUGUUUUUCUUUUCCUAAACCUUACCGUCAUAACUUUACAUGAAUUACGUUGCUGUACAUUAAGGACGUAACGACAUGCGGGGAUGCUAACUCGUAGGAUAUCAUAUGAACUGUUCUGUAAGGAUAUGUUGAAUUAUGCUAUCUAGAAAUGCUGAAGUGAAAUACACAGAUCUGAACAUGUAUUGUCUUUUCAGUCACAACAUGCUGAGUUAUGAUUUAUGCAUGAAGCAGGAAUUAUAAUUUUAACAGGUCAGGAAUAAAAGCGACAAAAACAUGAUGGAAGCAGAUUUUUUUAAAAAAUAAAAUAAUAGACAAACUCAUGAUUUUUCUAAAUGUUGUGACUCUGUUUCAUCACAUUAAAUUCAUGUUUCUUUUUUUAUGAAUCAAAUUUAUAGAUCAGAAAAUUUCAUACAAGAUGGGACAGUCACGAUUACACACAACUGACGUCACAAUAGACGUCUGUGUGCUGUAAUAAUGAACAGCUGUAUGAUUAUAUGAUACAGAGACAUGUAAUCACAGGAAAUGAUGUCAUAAUUGUGACAUGUGUUUUUGUUGUCAUCAGAUAAAAAGUUCCCACAGUUCUCAGAGUCAUGUGUCGAAACUAGACUGAUUAUUUUAUAAUGCCGGAGACAGAAAACAACAGAAGUCGCUCCACGCUCACCAAAGACAAACAGUCACUGACGCUGUGACUGAUGUUUUUUUAGUAACUGUAAUUCUGUUUCCUGUUUCGGACUGAGUCACCGUCAGUACAGAGACAUUGUGCUGAGACAUAACGAAGACACGAUGGACGAACCCUUUAACGACAGAGAACAUGAGUUCUGUCAGAACAAACUGUGCCUGAGUCUCGUCUGUGUGUCUGACGAUCCAACACGUUCUGCAGCGUUCAUUCAGAGCGUUGGACAGGAAGCUGGUUUUUACAUCAUUACAUCAUUCGUGUGUUGCAUCCUGUUCAAUCACUGUCAUAUUUACUGUACACAGCCCUUAAGAAAAUAUUGUAUCAGGUAUUUGUUUUAGUGACGACGUAUACAGGAGUCAUAUUUACGAGAUGAUGCUGUUACGACGUGUGUAAUUUGACUGAAUCAGGUGAGAAGACGUCACGCUCACGACUGUCGUGUCACAUUAUUAAAGAUACGGGAUGUUUUUUCUUUUUGGUUUCUGAGAUGAUUAUUGCAUAUAAACAUGAGAUAUGUAAAUUAUAAUGACAUCUUAUAAUUCAGACAAAUCAACAUGUGAAAAAGUUUUGACCUUUUGACUCCUGAGCUCCGAUGACAUCACAGUGUGACUGAAGCCUUACGUCUGGACGCGUCUGUGUUGUUGAUUGUACAAUCAGUGAAUUCAUUUUUAAUCCAAACAGAUUCUGGAGCACUUUAACUGUGUGAGCGAAAAUUAA